CAUAUGAUCACGACGUUUAGCUUGUAGUUGAAAUUGCGAUUGCACAACAUUUGGCCGGGAAAGGAACUAAAGUGAUUUUCGAACGCCACAAUUAUACAGAGAUAGUGUGAUACGCAUCACAACAAAUAAAUAAUGGCUUGUUUACCUGCAGACAGUAUAGACCCAAAGCCGUACAUAGAAAUUGUCGGCUUGAUUAAAGAACCCCACUUUUAUGUUGCCAAGAGUAUCACACAGGGACUUAUUCAGAAGUUUCCUCGCAAGUUUGUGGAGCCAACAAUUCGACCGUUACUUGAAUUUGACUGGCAUGCUUACCUAUGCAACCAGAAGAGAGAGUUACGUGGCGUAGUAUGGGAGUUCUCCAGCAGCGUCAUGUGUUUUCUGGAUGGUAAUUUCAUCGGAGAUGAGGGGGCUCUUGCCACUUGGGCCGAGAACCAGUGGGGCUUCACGUGCACACCUCCGCAGGCUUCCUGUGUGAAAGAACACUACCUGAAACACCUCCAGUCAUCUGGGCAUAGGUUUGUCUUCAUGGAUGUCGAGAUUGGAGGAGAGCCUGUGGGGACGUUGUUGUUUGAGCUAUUCUCAGAUGUAUGCCCAAAGACAUCAAUGAACUUUGAGGCUCUCUGCACAGGAGAGCGAGGCCUUUCAACCAGCGGCUACCCGCUCUGCUACAAGGGCUCGCUGUUCCAUCGCGUGGUACCCAAAGGCUGGGUGCAAGGCGGAGAUCGAGGUUCCACUGUGCUAAUUAGACUGAAAACACCUGGACUAGAUACAAGAAGAAGGAGAGAGGGGAUUGGACGAAACCAGUGCAAGACAGAGAUAUUUCCCCAGGUAGUAGAGGAAAUGGAGGGGAGUCCAUCUAUGGACCAACCUUUGAAGAUGAGAGCUUUGCUCAUUCUCACUCAAAGCGGGCAAUUCUCGGAAUGGCCAAUAAGGGCCCCCACAGCAAUGGCUCCCAGUUCUACAUCACCCUGCAGUCAACGUUAUGGAUGGACAGAGCAUACGUUCCUUUUGGUCAAGUGGUUGAGGGUGUGGAUGUCCUCAAGAGAUUAGAGGAGAUCCCGACUGUCAAUCAGAGACCCAAGCAUGAAUGUAGAGUGGUAAACUGUGGUGUGCUUGAGGUAUAGCUGCUGUUAUAUGAAAAACAACAACAAUAAAGAACAAAUAAAAACAAUGUUAUAAGGAACACAUUUUUCUAAGACAAACCAAACAGUCCAGUUGCAAUAUGGAUUGAAUGCCCUAAGACAAGGGUGUCAAACUCAUUUUAGCUCGGGGGCCACAUAGAGGAAAAUCUAUUUCCAAGUGGGCCGGACUGGUAAACUCAUGUCAUGAUAACUUAAAAAUAAAGACAACUUCAUAUUGUUUUCUUUGUUUAAAAAUAGAACAAGUACAAUCUGAAAACAUACAAAUCAUAAUGUUGUUGUUUUUUUACACUUACAUGUUGCUGUUCAUAGUAGUCUAUCUUCAUUUGUUGUGAUUUAUAAUUUCUGAAUAAAUGAUGUGAUAAUGUUCAUCAUUCAAAUAGGUGUGAGUCUGGCAGAGUUUUAAAAUGCUAUCAUUGGUGUACAAUUUUAAUCUAUCAGAAGAUGUAAUAAAUAGUAGAAUCAAAAUCAAAUUACAGCAUGUUAUUAAUGUAAUUUACUCAUUUUCCUCAACUGAUGUACUAACAUCA